CAACGUUGACAGGUUAUUGAUUGCACGAUUUCUAAUUAAUUUUCUGAUCAAAAGUCGUAAAAACCUAUAAAAAUUUGGAAAAAAGGUCGUAAAUUACGACUUGGAAUUUAGUAAUGGAAGAUAUCUCAAUGUUUGGAGAAGAAGAGUUCAGUUGUGAUCAAACACCUGAGGCUUUCAGGUGUAAAUUUUGUAAUUUUGAAACGGACUUGAAACUUAUUUUGCAUUAUCACAUUCAAAAUUUUCAUCUUAAUUUGGAUAAAAAUGAAGAGACUAAAAAAAUUACAAAGUAUAAAUGCCACAAGUGCAAUUAUUCAACUUACUCAGUAUUACUGUGGUUCAAACAUAAUGUUAGAAAAAACUUGGAUAUUCAUGAGUUUACGAAAGUUUACAAAUUCGAAUGCAGUUACUGUCCCUUUAAAGCAGUUCAAAAAUUGACAUUGAAAUGUCACAUCCUUUACAAACACACCCCCUCUGAAAAAAUCAAAUGGGUUUAUUGUCCACACUGUGAUUACAAAACUAAAGUAAAAGGAUCAUUACGAAGACACGUCGGUGUUAAACACACAUAUAUUGAUGAAUUUCAAUGGUUCAGUUGUGAUUUGUGCAAUUACAGGACACAACAAGAAAGGAAUUUAAAGAGACACAAAGUUUAUAAUCAUUCACAAAAUAUAGCCAUGCACGAGUGUACGAAAUGUGCGUACAAAACGAAAAAUCGAGGUGACUUGAAACGCCAUUUAGUAAACCAACACACGGCGAUUCAGAAAUCUGUAUUAAAAAAGGAAUUUGGAAAUCACACUGAGCCUGAAAACAUAUGGCAUUGUGAACGAUGUAACUACAAAACCAAAAUAAAAUCAAUAAUGAAAAGACACAUCAAUGCAAAACACUCUGACAUUGAUGAAUCGCAAUUAUUCAGCUGUGAUUUAUGUAAUUUCAAAACGCAGAAAAAAAGAUAUUUAAGACGACAUAAAAGUAACAACCAUUCAGUUGAAAAAAUCAUGUAUAAAUGCACAAAAUGUUUCUUUAAAACGAAACAUCAAGACAUUUUAAAAUGCCAUCUAAUGACCCAACAUACGCACCAAGAUGUCGCCCAAUGGUACAACUGUGAGUACUGCAGUUACCGUUCGAAGAUAAAAGAAGAUAUAACGAAGCACUUUAAAUCAGAACACGUGAAAGAGACACCGAAGCCUUGGAAAAAAACAACUGAAUUUUCUUGCAACUUGUGUUCUUUCAAAACCUUGUAUCAGCGUUCUUUUAAAAAACACUUUGCUGGACGUCACACUGCACCUGAAGAAAUCCAAUGGUUUGAAUGUGAUCAAUGCGACUACAAGGGAAAACGCAAAGACUAUCUUGUUCUUCACAAAAAAAUGCAUCUUAGUGUUAAGAAGUUCUCGUGCAAUAGUUGUUCCUUUAGGGCAACAACCGAGGUGGCAUUGGAGAAACACAUUGCAAAAAACCACUCUUCAGGGAAAUUACUCGAGUGUCCUCACUGUUUUUUUACGACUAGAUUUCAGACGUUCUUGAAUAAGCAUAUAGUAAGACAACAUACUGACCCUGAAAACAUCGAAUGGUUCAAAUGCGAUCAUUGCACUUAUAAAGGGAAAGUUAAGGAAAAUUUGAUUAGACAUAUUCAUAGAGUUCAUGGAAGUCCUGGAGUUAAGACGUUCAAUUGCGACUUGUGUGAGUACAAGUCAAGGAGAAAAGAUAAUCUCAAUAGACAUAAGCUUAGUUUACACUUUACAAAAAACGAAGUAUUGUAAUUUUUUUGGCUACUGGGUUAGGUCAGUAUUUCUAUGUAAAACAAUAGUUAUUUGUUUUACAAGUGGUGAAAAGGGAUUUUGUCAUGCGAGUUUAAAUUGUGAGUGUGCAUGAAAAAAAGACUUUUCUUACAAGUAGAAGACAAUGUUUUUUCUACCAUCUUUAUGAAUUAUUUAUUAUCAUAAUAAUCAGUCAAUUGCCGUUAGCAGCGUAGUGACAGUCAAAGUCAAAAUUUAAAAUGUCAAAACCACAGCUUCUUUGAUUAAUGAAGAAUGUUUUCUUUCACCCUGCUGAUAGCAGUGGCAUGUAUCCAUACAUAUCAGGUGAAUAAAAAGUAUGGAACCAUACAUUUUUUGCUUAAACUAUUUAUUUUUUGGAAAAACCAAUUGACAAAUAAUAAAGUACUAUAAAAAUGUGAU